AUGUGUAUCGCAGUGAUAACCACAGCGCAUCCAGAGUACCCAUUCAUUCUCCUUGAUAAUCGAGACGAAUAUCUGUCCAGACCAACAGCGGCAGCACGAUGGUGGGAUUCUCCAUCAUCUCAGGUUCUUGGUGGUUUCGACCUUUAUCACAAGGCCCAUGGCACCUGGCUGGGCAUUACGCGCCAGGGACGCGUUGCUGUCUUGACGAACUAUCGUGAAGAGAACCAACCCAUCCUCCCAAGUGGUCGAAGCAGAGGAGAGGUAGUCAAUGGCUGGCUGGAAUCUCCGCCCAGUCAGCACAUUGACACUGAACACUACGCCAGACACGUCGUCGAGAACGACGGCGGAGUUCAAGGCAUGGGCGGAUUCAGCCUGAUGUAUGGUCGAAUACAAGACGUGAUCAAGACCGGCACUGGUCUUGCGAUUCUAUCAAACCGGACUCCUGACGUAAAGGGUCUCAUCUGGUUGGCUCAGAAGCCUGGCGAAACUCGUGCUAUGAGCAAUUCAUUCUUCGGUGACGUGUCAUGGCCGAAAGUCACCAAUUGUGAGCAUGACGUUGGCGUAGCUCUGUCUGAGAGUGCUAAGAAGAAAGAACCCAAGGAAGAACUGAUCAAACGGCUUUUUGCGGUGCUCAGUAAGGGUGACUUGCGAUCUCGAAAGAAGGGGGAAGAUUGGGAGGUGUACCUUCGACAACUGCGCAAUACGAUAUUCGUUCCGACCAUCGGUGGAUCCAAGUUAUCCGAAAAUGAAGCGGACGAAGUCACUACGACUGAAAGCCCUAAGGCCGUUGACACAAGCCCUGGAGUCUAUGGGACGCAGAAGCAGACAAUCAUUCUGGUCAACCGUGACGGGCACGCCGACUUUGUGGAGAGAACGCUCUUUGAUGUCAACAGUAACGCCGUUCCACCGGGUCAGGGCGACCGACACUUCGAGUUCGACAUCGAGGGCUGGUAA